GCGAGGCUCAGGCUCCUCCCGGGCGCCAGCCUGGGGAUGCGGGUCGGUGGGAGACGGCACCGGCGUGUGCAGCCUCGGGCUGCGGUGAGUCAUCGCCGGAAGCCUUGCCCGAAAUCAAAGCGGACGUGAAGCAUCCACCGAACUGGACUCGGCCCCGACGGCCAAUCGAAGCAGGAGCAGCAGCGCCGGCAGGAAUCUCCCAGGCCUUCUCUGAUGGGUGACCUCGGGGAAGCAAAUGGCACCUUCGCCAUCACCUUAUUAAAAGUGCUGGGUGAAGAGGACCACUCACGGAAUGUGUUCCUGUCUCCCCUGAGCAUCUCCUCUACCCUGGCCAUGCUCUUCAUGGGGGCCAAAGGAGACACCGCCGCCCAGAUGUCCCAGGUACUUUGUCUGAACAAAGUGGAAGACGUCCACCAAGGCUUCCAGUCGCUUCUCACGGAAGUGAACAGAUCUGACGCCCAGUACUUGCUCAGAACUGCCAACAGGCUCUUCGGAGACAAGACGUGUGAGUUCCUUCCGGCCUUUAAGGAGUCCUGCCAGAAGUUCUAUCAGGCGGAGCUGCAGGAGCUGGCCUUUGCUGACGACACCGAGGAAUGCAGGAGAUGCAUCAACGACUGGGUGACACAGAAGACGGAAGGUAAGAUUUCGGAGAUUCUGGCUAUUGGCACGGUCAGCCCACUGACCAAGCUGGUUCUUGUGAACGCGAUCUACUUCAAGGGCAAGUGGAAGAAGCAGUUUGACCGAAGGUACACGAGGGGGAUGCCCUUCAAAGUCAACCAGGAGAAGAAGACAGUGCAGAUGAUGUUCAAGAAGGAUGAAUUUAAAGUGGGCUACGUGGAGGAGGUGCGCAGCCAGGUCCUGGAGCUGCCCUACGCAGGGGAGGAGCUGAGCAUGGUCAUUCUGCUGCCCGAUGAAGACACUGAUCUCGUGGCGGUGGAAAAAGCACUCACAUCUGAGAAGCUCACAGCCUGGAUGGAUCCAGAGAAGAUGACUUUGGAGAAAAUUCAAGUUUUCCUUCCCCGAUUUAAGCUGGAGCAGAGCUAUGACUUGGAGCCUUUUCUGCGAAGUUUAGGAAUGACUGAUGCUUUUGAGGAAGCCAAGGCAGACUUUUCUGGAAUGUCAAUGAAGAAGAACGUGCCGGUGUCCAAGGUCGCACACAAGUGCUUUGGAGAGGUCAACGAAGAAGGCACGGAGGCGGCCGCGGCCACCGCCGUGGUCAGGAAUUCCCGGUGCAUCAGAACGGAGCCCAAGUUUUGUGCAGACCACCCGUUCCUUUUCUUCAUCAGGCACCACAAAACCAACAGCAUCUUGUUCUGCGGCAGGUUCUCUUCACCAUGAAGAGGGGCCGUUGCUUACAGGUGCUCCGUUUUUUUUCCGGUCAACCUCACCUUAAUUCAGAUUCCACAUGACUACGUUGGUGCAGUGGGCUGAAUGCCAAAAUAAAGUGUGUACACCUUGGA